AUGCUUCUCCUCCUAUUCUCAAUCCUCAUCCUGAUCCUCUUCUUCAAUGCUAAAUCCCUCCCACUCGUCUAUUCCUUCCAGCUCCUUCCCUCCCUUUACCGAAUCCUGCAACCCCGCAACGCUCAACGCCCCAAAGAGCUCGUAUCCCCACACCCAAUCAACACCCCGAAUCUCUUCUAUCCAGCCCUACCCAGCCUCUUCCGCCCCCACACAAGCCAAACCCACUGCCCCCUGCCGGAAAUCGACCUCAACCUACACAAAAGCAACAGCACUUUCUUCACAGAUGCGGAUCUCAGCCGCGCCCGCCUCCUGAGUCGCCUCCUUGGGCCGGCCUUGGCGUCGCUCGGCGGCAUGCCCAUGCUAGCUGCAGUGCAGGCGCGGUUCCUGCGUGAAAUUCGCCCCUUUCAGCGCUAUUGCGUGACUACUCGGAUCCUGGCGUGGGAUCAGCGAUCGUUGUGGACGGUUACGUAUUUCUUGAGGAGGGAAGUGUACAGGGGAAUGAGGGAGGUGGACCUUGAUGGAGGACCCACGGCUGUGUUGACGGAUUGGGAGAUCCGCAAGGGGGUGCUGGCUGUGCUAAUCAGUCGGUAUGUGGUUAAGGCUGGGAGGGUUACUGUGCCGCCGGUGGAGGUGUUUAAGCGGGCGGGAUUGUUGAUUGACGAUGAUGAUAAUGGCAUUACUCAUAAUGAUGGAGAUAGGCCUGUUAGCAAUGUUGAGGAGAAAGAGGGGGAUUCGCUGGUGGGAGAGGGGGGUAAGAAUUGCAGGAGCAUCGACGCUAGAGUCCAGCCGAAGGAUGAAGAGGUCUGGCCUGCAGACCGUGUGAAGGAGAUGAUUGGGUCUGCGAUGGAGUUCAUCGGAGAAUGCAUGUUGUAA